CGCCACCACAUCUGCUUUUUGAGGCCCGUCUUCGAUGGUGGUCGGCUAGCUAGUUAGGCCAGCUCAUCUUGAAAACUACACUUUUGAUUCACACACACGCAGCAAUAUGGCGAUGUACAAUUUUAAGAAAAUCACUGUGGUUCCAACUUCCAAGGACUUUGUUGACAUCGUGUUAUCGAAGACACAGAGAAAGACACCGACUGUCAUACACAAGCAUUACAAGAUCAGUCGUAUUCGUUCAUUUUACAUGCGCAAGAUCAAGUACACCCAGCAAAACUACCAUGAUAAACUGACACAAAUUAUAAAUGAUUUCCCAAAACUUGAGGAUAUUCACCCAUUUUAUGCAGACUUAAUGAAUGUGUUGUACGACAAGGAUCAUUACAAGUUGGCGCUUGGCCAGAUAAACACAGCCCGUCACCUUAUAGAUAAUGUCGCACGUGACUAUGUACGACUGAUGAAAUACGGUGACUCGCUGUAUCGCUGCAAACAGUUGAAGAGAGCUGCUCUAGGUCGUAUGUGUACAAUAAUGAAACGUCAGAAUCAGAGCUUACAAUACUUAGAACAGGUUCGUCAACAUUUGUCCCGUCUGCCGACCAUUGACCCCAUGACAAGGACGCUGCUCAUCUGCGGGUUUCCAAACGUUGGCAAAUCAAGUUUCAUGAAUAAGGUCACAAGAGCUGAUGUUGAAGUGGAGCCGUACGCCUUCACCACAAAGUCCCUUUUUGUGGGACACAUGGACUACCGCUACCUUCGCUGGCAAGUGAUCGACACCCCGGGAAUUCUUGAUCAUCCACUUGAGGAACGGAACACGAUUGAGAUGCAGGCAAUCACUGCACUUGCCCAUUUGCGGGCAUGUGUCUUGUAUUUUAUGGAUCUGUCGGAACAGUGUGGCCACUCAAUAGAAUCACAGAUUGAAUUGUUUGAGAGUAUAAAGCCCUUGUUUUCCAAUAAACCAUUAGUCAUAGUUAUCAACAAGAUUGAUAUUGUCAAGCCAGAUGAACUGUCCCCGGAAAAGCAGAAACUUCUGGAACAGUUUAAAGCAGAGGAGAUCCCAGUACUCACAAUGAGUACAGUUACAGAAGAGGGUGUGAUGAACGUCAAAACCGAGGCGUGCAAUUUACUGUUGUCGCAGAGAAUUGAUGUUAAAAUGAAAGGAAAGAAAGUCUCUGAUGUGCUAAACAGACUUCACGUCGCUAUGCCAACUCCGAGAGAUCAAAAGGUCAGACCACCAUGCAUCCCAGAAGCUGUCAGAAAAAAGCGUGAAUUGAUGGACACAGACAAGCCAGCUCGCAAACUCCUGCGUGACGUGGAACUUGAGAUGGGUGACGAUUACGUUGUCGAUCUGCGAAAGCAUUGGUUGGUGAAGGAGGAAGAGAGGUACGACGAAAUUCCAGAUAUAUGGAUGGGUCAUAAUAUUGCAGAUUAUGUGGACCCAGAAAUUGACGCUAAGCUAGAAGCACUGGAAAAGGAGGAAGAAAUGAGAGAGGCAGCCGGGGUGUAUGACUCAGAUUCUUCAGAUGAAGAUGAUGAAAUGGUAGAAAUCAGAAAGACAGCAGCCAUGAUACGAGAGAAAAAAACAUUGAUGAUUCAAGCGUCUCGUGAAAAACGACGGAUUAAGACACCUCAAGUUCCUAGGAAAGCAAGAGCAACGAAGAGAACUCACUUUGAAGCACACAUGGAUGGCCUAGGGAUUGACCCCAUGGAUAAGGGACACUACACAAAAUCACGAUCACGUAGCAGAAGUGCAGUUGUACCAAAGAAGAAGCGUAUGGAUUCGUUGGGUCGUGUCGUCAGCAGCUCAAGACCGCCUCGCGAUGUUUCUGGUAUCAGAGAUCCAGAGAAAUUGAAGUCAGUCAGGAAGCUAACCAAGGCUAUUCAAGAACGCAAGUUUGCCAAACAUGCUAAGAAGGGAGAAUCUGAUCGGAAAAUCCCAGACCGGAAGCCGAAACAUCUUUUUGCUGGAAAACGCAAGAUGGGCAGUUCAAAUCAUCGUUGAGCCAACGUGUUUCACUAUAUUCAAUUAUUUGUAUUAUUUAUUCUACCCUUUAAAUGUUAAAGGGAAUAUGUUAAAAAUUAUUUUACAUUUUAAUGAAGCUAUUACUAAUAAUAGUUAACUGGAGUCAGAUAAACAUGUUUUCUGAUUGGUUAGCGUAUUUAUGCUGACUGUCUCUCAUAUUGGAUCAAAUAUAAAUGAUUUUUGGUUUAGAAAUUUUUUUAAAUAAGUAUAGUUUUAUUUCUCAAUUUUUUGUCUAAGUACACUAAUAACACAUCCAAGGUGGUUAUUAGGAAGAAAAUUUUUGAGAUGCUAAAUUCAAUCAGAUAAAAAAACACUAUCAUAGAAAAUAACACAAUACAGUACAGUAAUUACAAAACCAAGCCACAUACACACCAGCCUCCCGAUACUGGAAAACCCAAGAGCAUGUCUGCUACGUUAUAAAGAACAUCUGCUAGAAAGGAAUUGAUGGGAACAUCAGAGGUUGGCGAGAUAAUCAAUGAUUGAUGAUGGUGUUAUUAGAUCUAUUUGCAUGUGUAGGGUGAUUAAAUUCAUUUUUAUUCUUAUGUUUAAAUUAAAUUCAAUUUGAAGGAAUAAAAAAUAAUUUUUCAUCACUA